AUGAAGGCAGGAACCUUCCCGGGGCUGCUGGUGAUCCUCAGCCUCUUCCAGCCACCUGUAUCCUCUUCCCACGAUGUGCUGGAGGAGCUGUCGGACACGGCCCUGCUGAGCAGUGUGGCCGAGGCCAAGCGCCUGGUGGACGUCGCCUACAAGCGCACACGGGACCGCAUCAAGCAGCACCUGCAGGAGGAUGCCUUGAGCCCGGCAGAGCUCCUGAGAUACUUCAAGCAGCCCGUGGAGGGGACCCGGGCGGCCGUGCGGGCGGCAGAUUAUGUGCAGACCACCCUGAGCCUCCUCAAGGAGAAGCUGAGAUGGGCUGUGAGGGGGGACUUCAACGUCACAGAUUUGCUGACUCCAGCUCAGCUGGGGAUGAUUUUCAAGGCCAGUGGAUGUGACCAGCAGGAUAAGAAAAUAAAUUGUGCCUCUUCCCGCUACCGAACGAUCACCGGCGAGUGCAACAACAGGAGGCACCCAUCCCUAGGAGCCUCCAACAGAGCCCUGGCCAGGUGGCUGCCAGCACAGUACGAGGACGGCGUGUCCAUCCCCCCUGGGUGGACAGAGGGAAGGCGCUUCUAUGGAUUCCCUCUUCCCCUGGUCCGGCGGGUGUCCAACGAGAUCGUUCGCUUCCCGCCGGAGCGGCUCCGGCUGGACCAGCGCAGGUCCCUCAUGUUCAUGCAGUGGGGGCAGUUCAUUGACCACGACCUGGAUUUCAGUCCAGAAACCCCAGCCAGGUUCAGCUUUCGUGGUGAGAUAGACUGUGACACCAGCUGUGCCAAGAGGCCUCCUUGCUUCCCCAUCCAGAUCCCACCCAACGACCCCCGAAUCACCAACAGGAGGGAUUGCCUGCCUUUCUUCCGCUCUGCCCCUGCCUGUACCCCGGGCAGGGGGGUCCGGGAGCAGGUCAAUGCCCUCACCUCGUUCCUGGAUGGCAGUGUGGUGUACGGCAGCGAGGUGGCCGUGGCCAGCCGGCUGCGGGACCGGAGCCGCGGGCUGGGGCUGCUGGCUGUGAACCAGAACUUCACCGACAGGGGCAGGGCCUACAUGCCCUUUGGGCCCAUGAGGAAGGAGCCCUGUCUCAAGGCCAGUGGGGCAGCUCGAAUCCCUUGCUUUUUUGCAGGUGACACCAGAGCCAGCGAGAUGCUGGAGCUGGCCUGCAUGCACACGCUCUUCCUGCGGGAGCACAACCGCCUGGCCGGGCAGCUGAAGAGGCUCAAUCCCCACUGGAAUGAUGAGACCCUCUACCAGGAGGCACGAAAGAUCCUGGGAGCCAUGAUCCAGAUCAUAACCUACAGGGACUACCUGCCUCUCCUGUUGGGAUGCAGGUUCCAGCAUCUGAUUCCUCAUUACCGGGGCUACAACGAGUUCGUGGAUCCUCGGAUAUCCAACGUCUUCACCCUGGCCUUUCGCUUCGCCCACGCUUCAGUUCCCCCCACUGUGGGUCGCCUAAAUGAGAGUUACAAGCCCAUAACACCCGAAAUUCGACUUGGAACCUCCUUCUUUGCCGUCUGGAGGAUCCUUCAAGAAGGUGGGAUCGAUCCCUACCUGCGGAACCUGAUGGCCAGCCAGGCCAAGCUGAUGACGCAGCAGCAGAUGGUGGUGGAUGAGCUCCGGGACCGGCUCUUUGAGCAGGUGGAGAGGAUUGGCUUUGAUCUGGCCGCGCUCAACAUGCAGCGGAGCAGAGACCACGGCCUGCCAGGUUACAACUCCUGGAGAAGAUUCUGUGGGCUCUCACAGCCUUCUGGAGUGAAGUCCCUUGGUCGAGUGUUGAGGAAUCGGGAUCUGGCCAGGAAGUUCCUACAGCUCUAUGGGACCCCCAAUAACAUUGACAUCUGGAUUGGGGCCCUUGCCGAGCCCUUUGUGGAGGGAGGCAGAGUUGGGCCUCUCAUGGCUUGUCUCAUCGGCACCCAGUUCAGGAACAUCCGUGAUGGGGACAGGUUUUGGUGGGAGAACCCCGGGGUUUUCACGCCUCAGCAACGCCAUGCACUGGCCAAAAUCUCCCUGUCACGAAUAAUUUGUGACAACACCGGCAUCACUAAAGUUUCAAGGCACAUCUUCAGGGCUAACAGGUACCCCGAGUACUUUGUGAGCUGCAGUCAGAUCCCAAAGCUGGACCUCAGACCAUGGAAGUCGCCGUGCACCAAGGAGCAAGAAGAAGAUUCUGGUGACUUAAAAUGCUGAACACUGAGGAUUCCCCAGAAGUCUGGACUUGGGAAGAUGCUGGGAUUUGUUAUUAUUUUUUACUGGCUUUGUGCUUUUACUGCCUGCACUGUUGCUGUCAUUUACUCAGCUUAGUUUGCACGAAGCCUUUCCAGUGGGAUGGAGCCCAGCAAGAAAAAACUUCAUGAGGAGAUAUCCCAGAUCUGGGAAAUCACUCAAUAUCACGAAGCCAAGUGAAAUGAGUUAUCCAGAGGCUGAUUCCAAAUCACACCAGCUGCUGCUUUGGUCCACAGAACCACACUCUGUUUUACCAGCACGUGGUUUGGACCCUCCUUUCAAAUUUUGCAACCCCCACCAGAAAUAUCCAGGGCAUUGGAAUGGCAGCUGAUUCUUGCUCCCCAUUUUUUUUUUUUGUUUAAAAUAAGACAUCCUUUAAUUCCAGAGAAAAUCUCCUGAUGUCAGGGUGCCCCUGAGGGAAGCAGAAGCAGCUGUCCUUCACCCCAAACCAGGCUUGUCUAAAAUGCCCCGUGUCAGGUUUUGCUCCAAUAUGGAAUUAAGGAAUUGUCCACGUGGAGGGAGCUGUUUUCUCAUCAUUUUUGUGCCCUUAGUCCAGGAUGCCCAAGGCAUUAAGACAGAAAUCUGUGACAAAUUAUUCCUGCAGCUUGGCACGAGCCAGAGUGACUUAUCCCUGGGCUAUGGAGCAGGUGGGAUGUGUCCUGGCAAAGAUAAGAACAAUCUAAACAUACAAGAAAGUAAAAGCUACUCUGGUUUCGCUCCAGCU